AUGGUAAAAUUGAAUAUAAGGAUAAUUUCAUCUAUAUUGUUUUUAAUCUCAGGAAUAAUCAUUGGAAAUGUUUUUGCAAUAGAAUUUAAUUUACAUAGGGCAAUUGAAGAACAAAGAAAACUAAUUUCAACAAACCCAUUUUUUGCGUUAGCAGCAGAUAUUAAACAAUUGAGAAAACUUGCAAUCACUCAACCCGAAGCAAUUAAGAAUGCAGGAGUAAUUGUAGCACAUGUUGAGAAUCCAGUGGUAUUACAGCCAGGAUCCGGAAAUUUGGAUGAUAUAUUAUCAGAAACUCAGGAAGUUGUAAAGACAUUUAUGGAACCCAAAAAACAGAAUUUAUUGUUGAAUAUAAUUUCUCCAUAUGAUAGAAUUAAUUAUGAUGAGAAACAAUCUGUAAUAUUACAGGAUUCUAUUGAAAAACAUAAGCAAUUAUUAAGAAAGAUUGAAGAAAAGGAUGAAGAGGAAGAAGAAUCUACAGAUGACGAAAGUGAAUAA